AUGUCUCGCAUCGUGAUUACGGGUGUUACGGGUGGCUCUCCUAACCGUCUUGAAAUCAACGACUUCGUCAAGAAUGAGAAAUUCUUUUCUCUUUAUAUCCAGGCUCUUCAAAUCAUGGCCUCUGGGACUUCUCAGUCGGACUUCCAGUCGUUCUUCCAGAUUGGAGGCAUUCAUGGACUCCCUAACAAGCCAUGGGAUGGUGCCGUUGGGAGUCAACCUUGGGAUCCUAACACUCAAUGGGGAGGAUACUGUACCCAUGGAUCGGUCCUGUUCCCGACGUGGCAUAGACCCUAUGUCAUGUUAUAUGAACAAAUUAUGCAAAAACAUGCUGCAGAAGUGGCGGCGAAGUAUACUGUCGACACCGCCAGCUGGGUCGAAGCUGCUGCCAACAUUCGUCAGCCUUACUGGGACUGGGCAGCUAAUGCUGUUCCUCCUGACCAAGUAAUCGCGAUGAAACAAGUCACCAUCACCGGCCCUAACGGAAAUAAGAUCACCGUUGACAAUCCUUUAUAUCACUACAAGUUCAACCCUAUUGAUUCUUCGUUUCCGAGACCUUAUAGUCGGUGGCCGACCACCCUCAGGCAGCCUACCAGUACAAGGCCUGACGCUACGGACAAUGUUACACGACUUAAAAACGUAUUGCGAGCGGCCCAAUCAGAUAUCACGAUGAGCACAUACAGUAUGCUAACACGCGUGCACACCUGGACUGCAUUUAGCAACCAUACUGUCGGAGACGGAGGAAGUACCAGCAAUAGUUUGGAGGCCAUUCAUGAUGGUAUUCAUGUCGAUGUUGGAGGCAAUGGUCAGAUGGCUGACCCCUCAGUGGCCGCCUUUGAUCCAAUUUUCUUCUUGCACCACUGCAACGUCGAUAGGUUACUCUCUCUUUGGUCAGCACUGAAUCCUGGCGUCUGGGUAUCUAAAGGUGACUCCGAGUUCGGGAGCUUUACCAUGCCCCCUGAGAUACCCGUUGAUGAGACCACCCCUUUGACUCCCUUCUGGGACAGUCAAACAUCAUUUUGGGCAUCGUCUUCUACUCAAGACACGACCAAACUUGGGUAUACAUACCCAGAGUUUAAUGGCCUCGAUAUGGGAAAUGCUUCAGCAGUGAAGACAGCAAUAGGAAAUAUUGUUAACCGUCUUUAUGGCACUUCCGUUUUUGGAUCCUUUGCUGCUGCUGCGCCUUCUUCGUUUGGGACAACUGCAGCGUUCGCUAUCCCUGCUUCUCUUCCUGCACCUGAGCAGAGUCCUCCCGCUACCGCGGAGAAAGCGACCGAGCAGCACGUUCUUUCAGCCCCUUCAGCAUCUCGUGAUAUCAAAGAGGCAGAGUCAGGGCAUGGACCGGCUUUGCAUACUCACCACAUCAUUCCUCCCAGCCAAGGGCUGUAUGACUGGACCGCUCGUAUUGAGUGUAAGAAAUACGAGAUUGGGACAAGCUUUUCCGUUCUCAUCUUCCUCGGCACUGUCCCCGAGGAUCCCAAUGAUUGGCUGGUUGACCCGCACUUUGUUGGUGCUCAUCAUGCUUUCGUCAACAGCAGUGCGGGAGAGUGCGCCAACUGCCGAAACCAGAGUGACCUCGUCAUUGAAGGAUUUGUCCACCUCAACCGCGCUAUUGUAAAACAUUCUGGACUGAGCUCUCUGGCACCUGACGCCGUAGUGCCGUAUUUAUCCAAAGAGUUGCAUUUCAGAGCACAGAAGGUCAAUGGAGAGGUGGUUGAGCUGCAAUCACUCGAGGUCAGCGUUUUUGGUACUCCUCUGACUUAUCCCCCCGGAGCAAUAUUCCCUGUUGCUGGAACUCCCAAGCGUUAUGGUGGCAUCACUUACGGCCGCCCAGGUGGGAGCCGACAUGCUUGA